AUGACAGACUAUUUCAACCUGCUUCCCUCUGAAAUAUCAGGGCUUGUUCUCGGAUUUUUGCGAGAUAGCAAUUGCGUUGUCGCUGCUGGUGCUUUCCUUCGAGAAAAUAUCCACUUAUCUGAGUUUCGUCAUCACUAUGCAUCAGUGAAUGAGAUACCUUUAUAUUUCAGAGAACUAACUUUACUGGAUAUUGUCCAUGAUUACAUUCAUAUUGUGAAUGAAGUCAUCCCUCAUUUAAAAAAGGCCAAUAUUCCAUGGCAACUGGGGAAUCUAAAUGCUUCCAUAACACAACUUCUGCAGUCGUUUUCUGAAACUUGUUCAUCAAAUUUACGACCGAAAUCAUUUCGUCCUAUUCAUCCUGUUUGGAUGCCCUUAGGGAAAUCCUAUGUACCGCCUAAAAUAAUACCGGCUGAUAAAUGCACUACAGUUCGACCUCCACUUGCUACCGUAAAACCAAAUGUAACUAUGGCUUCAUUACCUAAUAUGAUAAGUUCAAAUUCAACCAGUGGGUUAGGUGCUGGUACUGUGUGUUCACUAGACAAUAAGUCAUCUGGUUUAAGAGCCAAUCGACCAGUGUUACGAAUAUAUAGACAACCUGUAGCAGCUAACAAAGCAAAUGUAUUCAAUUUCGAUCUGUAUAGCAGUGGUUUGCCGAAAUCCUCAUCUCAUCAAACACCACAGUCUAACAUAGUUGCGUCAAAAUCUAAUGCUGAUCCUAUGCAGUCUAUGGUUCACCUACAAAACAAAACAAAACGUUUAUCAGAGACAUUACUUACUACUACUGUCAUUAGUAACAGUAAUAGUGAUGCUCUAUCCCCGUCAACAUCUUGUAAUUCUGUGAUAGUUCAACAGUCGCCUAUAUCCACAACAAUAGCAUCAGAAGAAACCAUGAAUGAUGCCAAUGUUCAAUCUAUAGGUGUGAUCAAUCAAAACGAAAAUAUUACUUCACAACAAAUAUGUCUUAAUGUUCAAUCAAAUGAUAUAAGCGAUCAUCAACAGAUUUCUGAUAAUGGUUCCAUAUUUUCCGUAUUUUCAUUGUUACCUCCACCGGCAUCGUCAGAGACGUUAGUUACAGAUAUGGUGAUUUAUCCUGUAAUAACAUGUGAAGAUAAUUUAAAUGAUGCAAAAAGUACUGAUCUUGUUUCAACUAAAAGAAGACGUAAUCAACCACCACGUCAGUUAUCACCUGGAUCUGGCGUUGGAGGUACAAUAUUUAGUUUAACUAACAGUUAUGAAGAAGAAUUGGAUAUGGAGCGUUUCUUAUCUGCAUUGUUUAAUAAUGCUGAACAUGUAGCUACACGUAUUAAUGCUGAAGUUGGUAUCUUAACACGCAAUUCAUUAUCAUAUAAUGAGAAUUCUAAUCGUUGUGAUUUGCCUGAAACUACUAAUGCUUAUGAGAUUGUUUCUAUUCAUUCAUCUAAUAAUAAUAAUAGUAAUAAUAAUAAUAAUAAUAAUAAUAAUAAUAAUAAUCAGUCUCAACCAGUUACAACAAAUGCUUCUUCUUCUUCCUCCUCCUCCUCCUCAUCAUCAUCAUUAUCAUCUACCGGUGUAAAAUUAUCCACAUCAUUUGUUUGUCAAGAUUUUAAUUCAGAUACAUCAGAUAAUAUGCAAUUAUGGAAUGAUUGGUUUGGUAUCAAGGAUGAUUUAGAGACAUGUAUUGAUCAUUUGUUAUCAGAUCUUGAAUCUAUCGAAGUUUUCACAUCCACAGUCAAUACCACAACUGUCACUUAUACUACUUCAACUGUGAGUUCUACGAUUCCCAACCAAGAUAUUAAUAAUACAACAAUAAUUGAAACACUAAUUGAUACUGAUCAAUGUUCUCAUCAGUCGUCUGCUGUAACAACAUUAUCCAAUGACAUUGUUACCUCAUGUCCUAGCAAUGUAUCUCACGAAUUGAUAUCUUCUCCACCACCAUCAUCAUCAUUAUCAGACUGUGAAACUAAUGUCACCAUCAAUGAUAAAACAUUAACAAGGUCUAUUACUUCAGCGACAAUAACAGACACUUCUGACUUAUUUCAUCCUAAUUCACCAAUAUUAUCUUUAUCUACACUAUUAUGUAACAACACUGAGACCAAUAGUAACAAUGAUAAUGUUAAUAGUAGUGAUUGUGAAUCUCUUAUUAUUCCUAAUAUACCUGAUACUAAAUUGAUGAUGAAGACUCCUAUCAUUUCUACUUCUACUAUAAUUACUACUACUUCGACUGUUACUAAUCAACAUCUUGUUCAUAAUGACUGUAAACGAUUGAUUACAUCAUCUUCAUCACCAUUUUGUUUCAAUCAGUUGGUUAAUAAUAAUAAUAAUUCACAAAAUUUCCCAAGUAAACGUCAAUGUAUACGUCAUUCCGACGAUAUAAAUAAUAUCAAUAAUAGCACUGUGAAUAAUAAUAAUAAUACUACUAAUAAUUUACCACCCAUUUUAAUUACACCGGAUUCAAAGAAAAAUCAUGCCAAUGAACAUAAUAAUGAAUUAUUCUAUGAAAAUUUGCCAAGCUGUAAAUUGUUUAAGGGUAAUACUAAUAAAGAUUCAUUUCAACAUCAUUCAAAUGAUCAUCCUCAUCCUCUUCAACCUACUUAUCUAUUAUCAUCAUCACCUUCUUGUUAUUAUUCUAUUCCACAGAAUUCAAAUACUCAAACUAUCAUUAAUAAUGCUACAAAUACAUGUAUGACAGCUUAUUUAUUAAAUAAUCCUUUAUCAAUUAUUGAUUUACGUCAAAUUACCCAAAGUAAUAAUAGUACUGGUCUAACUAUCAGUAAUGAGAAUCAUUACACUAAUCCAAUCACCUUGUAUACAACAAACAAUCAUCACAAAUUAUUAUUAUCAUCAUCAUCAUCAUCAGCAGCAGUAGCUAUGGGGAAUCAUGUUAAUUAUGUUGAUUUAAAUAAUAAUUCCCUCAUCAAUUUGAUCCCAAUUAGUUAUCAUUCAAAUAUAUCACCAUUUAUUAUGAGUAAUACUAUAAUGAAUACAACAUUAUCUACAAUAACAAUGACUACUGAUAGUAGUAAUAUAACUUCAACAGCUUAUGUUAAUUUUACUUGUAACACUGUUAGUACAUGUACUACUACUACGACUACUACUACUGCUACUAGUAGUAGUAAUAGUAGUAAUAACACAGGAUCGACUACGGAUGUUGUUGUCACUACUGCAGUUAGUGACAAUAAUAGUAAUAGAUGUUAUUCAAAGAAAUCAUUAUUAAUGGAUGCAAAAGAAAAUCAUCCACCAACACCGGCACUCAUUGUUCAACGUGGUGUACGAAAGAAGAUUUUAAAUUUACAAUCAUUGGACAUUGACAGAAUAAUAUCUCAAUCUCACUAA